AUGGGAGCCAAAAUAAAUAUCCACCAAGUGUUUGUUUUUUCUAUCUUGAUCUUUCUCAUAAUCCCAAGUCUAAUAGUUGCGGAGUGCACAUGCGAUGAAGAAGAUGAAGAUAGAAACAAAUCCAAAGCACUUCGUUAUAAGAUAGCUGCUUUAGUUUCAAUAAUGGUUGCAAGUGCAAUUGGUGUUUGUAUACCACUGCUUGGUAAAGUCAUACCGGCUUUAAGUCCGGAGAAAGAUAUAUUUUUUGUCAUCAAAGCCUUUGCUGCUGGUGUGAUAUUAUCAACCGGUUUCAUUCAUGUGCUUCCUGAUGCUUUUGAGAAUCUCACUUCACCAUGUUUAAAGGAACAUCCUUGGGGAGAUUUUCCGUUUACUGGUUUUGUGGCUAUGUGCACUGCUAUGGGGACUCUUAUGAUUGAUACAUAUGCCACUGCUUAUUUUCAAAAGCAGUACUCGAAAAAGACACCGACACAAGUCGAGAGUCAUGAGUCAACCUCAGAUGUAGAGCAAAAUGGACAUGUGCAUGUUCAUACUCAUGCUUCACAUGGUCAUGCACAUGGCCAUGUUUCUUCGAAUCCAUCAUCAGAACUUCUUCGUAAUAGGGUUGUAUCACAGGUAUUGGAGUUGGGAAUUAUUGUUCACUCGGUUAUAAUAGGAAUUUCUCUGGGUGCUUCGGAGAGUCCUAAAACCAUAAGACCACUAGUAGGUGCGUUGACUUUUCAUCAGUUCUUUGAAGGCAUGGGACUUGGAAGUUGCAUAACUCAGGCAAAUUUUAAGAGUCUAUCUAUUACGGUCAUGGGAUUGUUCUUUGCUUUGACAACUCCAGUAGGGAUUGGAAUUGGCUUAGGGAUUAGUAGUGUUUAUGAUGAGAAUAGUCCAACAGCCCUUAUUGUUGAAGGAAUCUUCAAUGCAGCUUCUGCUGGGAUCUUAAUUUAUAUGGCACUUGUAGAUCUUCUUGCUGCUGAUUUUAUGAAUCCAAGGAUGCAAAACAGUGGUAGUCUUAGGUUAGGAUGUAAUAUAUCUCUUCUAUUAGGAGCUGGUUGUAUGUCUCUUAUAGCUAAAUGGGCUUGA